UCGGUUCGGGUCUGUAAACAUGACUGAAAACAGCAACAAUUCAGAACCGAGCCAGAAUCUAAAAGUCCAGAAACUAAAGUUCUGGAUUCUGCUGUAGAACCGGAACAUAAGACCUUUAGAAAACACCUGAUCAGAACCGAAUAGUUCAGUCCAGAGAGUUCUGCUCAGGACGACCCGAUUCCACCUGGACUGAUCCAUUCUGUUCCAACAUGCGGUUCUGGUGGUGGGAGCGGUCCAAUCACAGAGUCCGGAUCAGGGAGCUCCUCCCCUUCGAUCACACAGAGACCUGCGCCCCACCUGAAGGUUACCGGACACCUGAACGCGGUGGGGGGUCACGCCCCCCCAUGUUCCUCCUGGCGCUGAGGUCCUCCAGACCCCCCCUCAGAGCUCUGCCCUCCUCCUGCUGGACUUGUAGGAGCAGCACCUCCCAUAUCCACCCCCACCCAUGGCCUCCCCCUCCCAGUGUGCCCCCCAGCCUCGUCUUUAGGGUUAGGACCCCCCCCACUGCGAGUAGCUGCGCCUCCUUCCACUCCUCCGCCGGCAUGGAGCUGCCAGACCGAGACCCCCCCAGGAAACGGAUCAGAACCGGGCAGCAGAGAGGAGACGCCGAGGCCCCCCUCAGAGGACAGGUCCAGGACUUCAGGGGGAACCCUCCACCGAAACCCCCCCACACUGAUGGGAGAGGGAGGGGCAACGUGGGUCAGCUGGUGGGGGGGCAGAGGAGCGGCGUCAGACCAGCAGGCCUCCACAGACACUGGCAGACCUGCAGCAGCGCCCCCCCUCCCCGGGGGGCUGGCCCCCCCUUCCUCUUCAGCGUCCUGUCCUACAACAUCCUGUCCCAGCAGCUGCUGGACGACAACGCCGUCCUGUACCGCCACUGCCCCCCUGCCGUGCUGUCCUGGGACCACCGGCUGCCCAACCUGCUGGCGGAGAUCCGCCUACUGCACGCGGAUAUUGUGUGUCUCCAGGAGGUUCAGGAGGACCACUACCACGGCCAGAUCCUCGCCGCGCUGCAGGCUCUGGGUUACCACUGCGAGUACAAGAAGAGGACGGGGCAGAAGCCGGACGGCGUUGCCGUGGCCUUCAGGACGUCCCGCUUCCACCUCCUGUCCUCCAACGCCGUGGAGUUCUUCCGGCCCGGAGACCCCCUCCUGGACCGGGACAACGUGGGGCUGGUGCUACAGCUCCAGCCCCGCGAUGGGCGGAGCCAGCCCUCCUCCAUCUGCGUGGCCAACACCCACCUAUUGUACAACCCGCGGCGCGGCGACAUCAAGCUGACACAGCUCGCCAUCCUGCUGGCUGAGGUGCAGCGGCUGGCCCGCCUCCCCGACGGCUCCAGCGACCCCGUGCUGCUCUGUGGGGAUUUUAACUCCGCCCCCUGGAGCCCGCUCUACACGUUCCUGACCCGCGGCCGGCUGGAGUACCAGGGGAUGCAGAUCGGCAUGGUGUCGGGUCAGGAGUCCGCCCCCAGGGGGCAGCGGCUCCUCCCGUUUCCCCUCUGGCCUCCCAAUCUGGGCAUCAGCCCUCAGUGUCAGUAUGAAGCGUCCCCAGGUGAGUCUCACCUGGGUCAUGUGACUCCGCCCUCUCAUCGAGGUGAGGCAGACGGUCGUGGCUCCUCCGUAGGGGCGACCCCUGACCCCAACUCAGAGGAUCAAGGCGGCGGAGCCGGCGCCGUGGUCUGCAGAUCCAGGAUCGAGCACGGCCUGACGCUGCGGUCGGCGUACCGACACCUGCAGCCGGACGGCCGGCCGGAGAUCACCACCUUCCACUCGCGCACCGCCCUGACGGUGGAUUACAUCCUCUACAGCCCUGUUUCAACAAAGGCCACACCUCCAUUUUCCAGUGGGCGUGGCCUCCAGCUGAUGGGCAGGCUGUCAUUGGUGGGUCAGGAGGAGCUGGAGGAGGUUAACGGUCUGCCCAAUCAGUACCAGUCCUCUGAUCAUCUCCCACUCCUGGCCCGGUUCCGCCUCCUUCACUGACCUGCAGACCUGUGGUUCUGAAGAUGAUGGUCUCUGUAGCUGUGAAAAUAUGGGUUCUACAACAGGACUGCAGGUUUGAAUCUGGUUCUGUUGAAGGUCCAACUUGAUCAGGAUUCCACAUUUUAUACUUUUCCAGAAGAUGAUUCACUUUCAGUCGUUUACCGUUUGUAAAUAAAGAAGCUCUUAUUUUG